AUGGCGACAGCAGUCUCUCCACGACCCUCGACUGCUUUCGACCUACGCAACACGAUCCCUUACACAAUCCGCGUGGGCCGCCAACUAUCGUCAUGUUCUAGUAUACAGUACAAUCAUAAACCAGAUCUCUCAGAUCCUGACAAUGCCGAGUCUUCGAUUCGCCAUGCCCCCGAGGGCGAUCGAGUUACUCUGUCCCUGAAAGACGGCGCCGACGAAUACAAGUAUACCGGCACGCGCCACAACGACGAGGAUGACUACCUCCUGCUGCUCGACGACGAAGGUAAAGACUUUGUGCUAGAAAGGAUCGCUUCAUCGUACGCUCUGAACUUGACUCGUGCGCCUUGGGAAUCGAGCUCCAAAGCCCUGGUCGACCGAUACCCGCAGCUGCGAUCCAUCGACGACGAGCACGAAGAGGACGUUGAGCAUGCAGACGACAAUGAAGGAGGUGUCUCGCUGGAUCCAGCUGGUGCAGACGCCGCCAACCCUUUCGAUUUUAGACAUUACUUGGAUGUCGAAGACUCGCCCAGUCCCAACCUUCCUCCCGUCAGGGCUGCACCAGCGGCUACUCCGGCAGCCUCUCAAACCUCGACAAGAACAAACACACCAAUCGCCAAAUCCAUCCGCAAACAGACCUCUGCAUUCGCUCCGCAGUCCGCCAAUCUACCACCGAAGCCACGAGCGAGACCAGCUCCUGCCGAGGUCGGGUCAACCUCUAGGGAUGUGGCGCGCUCGCCCUCGCCAGAAACACAAUCACACUGCAAGACCCAAGCUCAAGUGCCAGCUGUUCGUCUCGACCGUCGUGGUUCGACACGAGUUGCGUUGCCUUCGAAGCCUCCGCCAAAGAAGCGAGAACCAGAAGAACUCUCGCUUGACGAUGACGAUGACGGGGACCUGGUUCUUGAGGGUGAUGAGCCGGAGCGAUUUUCAUAUCAUUCCAACAACUCAAAGUCAAGCCUAGGUCUUGCUCUCACGAAUGGACUGACCGAAGGGCCACGCAGCUUGCGAAGCGCAGCAAGCAGUCCAGCUGGUAGCCACAUCAACUCACCAGCCGCACAACGGCCAAGUCCGCUUACUGAACAUCGGGAACCGGAUUACGACGAAGACGAACUCGUCAUGGAUCCAGAUGAAGAAGCCAACGAAUAUGAUCAGGUUGAGAGUGACGCGGACGAAGACGGUGAUGUAGACGCCUUGCACCUACCCAGUCCUGCUCGGGUGCAUCGACCUAGCAUUAGCGGACCAACUGUCAGCGGCGACGACGAUUACGAUCUCGAAAAGCAAAUGCUGCUGGAGUUGGAAGGAGGUUUGGACGACGAUGCUGCAUCUGGACAACAAGGUGGGGCAGACAGCGAUGAGGAGAGUGAAGAAGAAUAA